GGUAAAGCCAGACAAAGAAAAAGGGAGAAAAUGGUGACCGAAUCAUUACACCAACAAGGGAAAAUUGAAAUCGGAGGAGGAGGUGGAGGAGGAGUCAGGGAAAGGAGUAGGGCUUCAGAGUGGGAUGGGAGACCGCCGGUCAUCGUCGUCCGGCUGGAGCCAGAUGCGGCAGGCAGCGGUGGCGGUGACGGUGACGCCAUCACCGGCGCCGGCGGCGGGCCCAGCGAUGGGAGAGGCGGGAGGAAGGGAUUCCGCGGGUCCACGGAAGGUUAUGGUGGUGGCCGACCCAACGAGGGAGUCGAUGGGAGCGCUGGAGUGGGCCCUCUCGCACGCGCUGCUCGACAAGGACCAGCUCAUCCUGCUGCACGUGGUGCCGUCGGUGACGAGGCGGAGCUCGUUUUCGUCGCUGCUGAAGUGGCCUCCGGCGAAUUACCCCGCGGUUGGCGGUGCUGAGGGAGGCGGAGGAGGUGGCGUUGUUGGCUGCGUCGGCGGCGGUGGGGAGAAGGACUUCCUGGAGGCCAUGAAGGCGGCGUGCGAGUCGAAGCUGCCAAAGACCAGGGUUGGGGUAGAGACUGUGGGGAUGGAGGCGGAGGGGAAGGGCCCUACCAUUCUCAGCCAGACCAGAGCCCACUCCGUCGACCUCCUCAUCAUCGGCCAGCGCCGGCCUACCUUCCUGGCGUGGGUACAAGCUAAGCGGAUCUCACAAGCCAGUGGACACGGCCGAGUUUUGCAUCGAGAACAGCAAGUGCUUGUGCGUUGGAGUUCAUAAGAAGGGACAGAAUUCAGGCUAUCUUCUCAACAGCAAGAAGCACAAGAAUUUUUGGCACCUCGCCUAGUAGCCAUUGACUCUUUAUUUUCUUCUUUCUUCCUUUUUGUGGUUGGAAUCGUACCGGGCCUUCCUUCACUUGAUCCCAUGCACGGCAUCCAGGUGUACAUAUAUGAUAAGCUUGGCCACGUCUCCUCCUUUUUUUGGAUUUACAACGGUGCCACUGCCGCAACAAAGGCUCGCAUUUUCUAACAUAGCGAGAAGGAUCACAUUCACCAGGUGAAGGGAAGUCGCUAUCAUGGUGCAAAACUCAUCUGAAUGUAUGAUAUUAAGAUGUAACCAGAGAUUUCAUCAAACGAGGCUUACAACUCUUAACGGGGCUACAUCGUCUUCAACAUGCUGUUACCAUUUUUAUUUUUCAUUACUAUUACAUCAUAGUUCCCAGAGGCAUUGCACAGUUGGUCGGACUGGCAUUUGGCAGAUUAAAAUUCCAAGACC